GCUUCAUCAAUGUUUACGAAGCGCGAUUCCUGGGGUCCUGCAUUCAGCUUAGGUCCUGCAAAGCAGGACAUUAUCAGCACCACAACGACCAUCUAUCCUGGCGAGAUGCCAUCCGACCAAGCUGGCUAUCUUUUCGUCUGGCUCGGUAUAUCCAAUGGAACUGGAGACCUCAUCCAGAGCAUCAUCGGCUCGUACCCGUCCGGCCAAAGCGAAUGCAGCGGCACUGACGCUGACACCACCUGGUGCAUCUCAUCUGAAGUAUACGGUCUUGCUUCUAACGGGCUACCCAAUCAAUGGGUUGGAUCCCUCACCACUGCUGAUGUCAAUUACGCAAAUGGCAUUAAACUCAACUAUACCCUGAUCGACAAGGAGAGCUACCUCUGGCUUCAAACCAUGGAGGACGCUGUAACAGGCCAACUCCUCUCAACCUUCAAUAAAACUUCAGGACCGAUGCUUGGAUGGGGAACGGCCAUCGAAUGCGAUGACUAUAAUGGUGUCAGCUGCACAGGCACAAUCUCAGAGCAAUACUACGUCAACUCAACCAUCAUCCUAGAGAGUGCGGACGAUACCUUCAUUGACACUCUAGGGGUGUCUUCUGGUGCGACUUAUACGGAGAUGGUAACAGCAGAUGACGGGAAGACGUGGACCAUUUCUAACAUCACCAUUCCUGCUAUGCAGAACUCG